CGCACCUCUCUCUACACCAGGCACAAGAAGCAUGUUCUCCACGGUUGCACGGCGGAUGGGCAACACGGCGUCGAGGGCGGGGCGUGGCGUUGCAUCCCAGACUCGCUCCCUGAAUGUCGGCAUCAUCGGCGCGGGGCGCAUCGGCCAGGUUCACCUCGACACCCUCGCCAGCGUCCCCGGCGUUAAGCCCGUCAUCAUCUCCGACGUCGUGGAGCCGGUGCUCAAGGUGGUCACCGAGAAGUACGGUGUGCCCAAGUACACCCUGGAGGGCAUGGAGGUGAUCAACGAUCCCGACGUGGAGGCCGUGUGGAUCUGCUCCCCCUCGCAGUUCCACGCCGACCAGAUCAAGGCCUCGGCGAAGGCCGGGAAGCACAUCUUCUGCGAGAAGCCCAUCGCCACCGACCUCGCGGGCACUAUCGAGGCUGUCCAGGUAGCCAAGGACUGCGGCGUGAAGCUCAUGACGGCGUUCCAGCGACGCUUCGACCCUUCCUUCAGCCGACUCCAGGCUAUGAUCGAAGCGGGUGAGGUCGGUACGCCGGUGUCCGCCGUCCUGCAGUCGAGGGACCCCGCCGCUCCUCCGUUCGACUACGUCAAGGGAGGCGGCGGCCUCUUCAAGGACAUGGCCAUCCACGAUCUCGACAUCGCGCGGUGGCUGAUGGGCUCGUGCGGCACCAACGAGCCGGUCCGCGUGUACGCCACCGGCGCGUGCAACGUGGACAAGAGCAUCCUGGAGCUCAAGGACUCCAACCCUUCGGAGGCCAUCGACACCGCCAACAUCCUCAUCGAGUUCGAGAGCGGCUCCACUGCCACAAUCCAGGUGUGCCGCAAGGCCACCUACGGCUACGACCAGCGCGUGGAGUUCUUCGGCACGGACGGGCUCGUCAAGCACGAGAACCACUUCCCAAGCGCGGUGCAGAAGUGGACGGGAACAUCGGUGCAGCAGGCCGACCUGCCGCACGCCUUCUUCAUGACGCGUUACGCCGACGCCUACAAGAACGAGACCCGGGCAUUCUGCAAGAUCUUGGAGGAGGGCGGUGACGUCACCCCUUCGGGAGAGGACGGUUUGGCCGCUCUCAAGAUGGCCAUGGCAUGCGACAAGUCCCUUAAGGAGGGCCGCCCAGUCAACCUCUCCGAGAUAACUGCUUAAGUUGUCGGGGGUAGCGGAAACAGCAGGUUUCGCCUACUAGAGUGCUUGCAGGGUUGAGUAGUACCGUUAUUGCCAUUCUUCGUCUCUGUUGUUGCUCUUGGCUGCGAGUGCGUUUUUGUAGAGAGGUAUUGCUUUCUUCGCGCGUGGCGGAGAAUUCUGUGCCUGCCUCAGCAGCUGAUGUGGUCCCGAUAUGAGUGGAACAGAAAUAGAUCCAGGGGGUUUUAAUCCACUAUCUAUCGCCUUUGAUACUAGGCGGUUUUAAACUUGCACAGCGUUUCGACGAACCCACGGCUCAUGUGCACAUGCAUGGAGGGGGCACAGCUCUGUGGCUGCGCUAUUCUCCUCGGUAGCGGCAACACACGGACGUUUGACAUGCCCUCGGGGAAGAAAAUUGAAGGUUUUGUCCCUGAGUGUAGGCCGCACAAAUAGGGCUGUCGUAGUCGCCCUCUGCAGGGCCGAUUCAAUCGCGGGACAGAUGGAAUAUUCAAAUGUUCCUUGUGUACUCUGAUAGUGCCACGUGCAAAAAGCCGGGCGAGAUACAUUGGCAAUGUCCGACCUCACACAGGGGCCACUUCCCCCUUGUGGGUUUAGGGGACCACGCCCACCGCAGGUGUCUUGUGGCACGCCGCCUGAUUUGUGUUCAUUUCGGUUCUCGCGCCAUUUCUUCUCUUUGAUCGCUUCGUUACGGUCCUGACCCUACUUGGCCAUAGCACGGCCCUCACGGGUUCAUUUACCAUUUAAACCUC